AUGGGAAGACUUGAAGACAUAUGCGAGAGAUAUUUGUCGAAGAGAGAUGAGCAGAAGAAGGUAAUUGAAGCGGUUGAACGAUGCCUCAAAAAAGGCUAUGAUUAUGAGAAGAUGAAAGAGCGAGUGAUGUCGUCGGUGUCGGACUCGUAUAAAGCGCAAAAGGUGAUCAGCUCGGUGUGCGACGCGUACCCGCAAUUGAGGAAAAGGACGAGGGGACGCGACGAUGAGAAGAACGAUGAGGCGCGGAAGGAUCGCGAUCGCGAUCGAGGCAAAGAUUCGACGCGAGACAGAAAACGGGAGCGUCGCGACGAUCAAAAGGAGAACGGAACGAAGAAUGGGAGUGAGCGAAAGACGGACGAUCGCCUUCGACGAGCAGAUGAUCGCCGGGAGUCGAGUCAGAAGUCGGACGACAAAAAUGCGGCACUCACCGAAGAGCAGCUUCGAGCCAAAGAGUUGCUGUAUAAAGCGCAACAGGAGAUCGAGGAGAAACGACGACGAAUGGCAGUUGAAGCGGGAAUGUUGCCGGGCGUUGCCGCGAUCGAUCCGACGGCGGCCGGAAUCGCGCCGGCGCCGAUUCCGAAAAAUUUGGCGCUUCGACCCGAAGAGGCGAAAAUGUUCAUGAACUACUCGAUGGACAAAAAGAGUCGUGUGGAAGAGCUGAAAGCGAGAUUGGCGAGAGCGCCAAUUGCGAAGCAACUCGACGCGUUGGUGCCGAACACCGUCGCCAGCGGUGUGAUGGCGCCGCUUCCCGACGUUGUGCAACAAGUCGAGAAGAAGGUGGCGAUUGUGAAAGAGAAGGAUGAGAGGAAGGAGAUUCUCGAGUAUUUGGAUCCGCGCAUCGUGCAAAAGCCCGCCGAACGACGCCGACGCGGCUUCGUGUUCCAUGAGAAGGGCGAGUUUGAGCGGAUGGCGAACAAGGAGCGAGCGUUGGCGAAAUUGGAGAAGCUCCAGAGCGAAGUGUCGUCGGUGGCGCAAUCGACGGGAAUCUCGGCGGCCGUGAAAUUGGCGAUGGUGACACCAAGCGGAACCGCCAAAAUCGAUUCGGGAGUGCCCGACAUCGAAUGGUGGGAUGCGAUGGUGCUCGAUAAAUUGAAUUAUGAAGAUUUGCCGGAUGUUUCGGACGGCGAACGCUAUUCGGAGACGAUUUCGGAGCUCGUCGAGCAUCCGAUAUCGUUGCGACCGCCGACCGAUCCGCUCGUGCCGCAAUACCUCAAAGUGUAUUUGACGGCGAAAGAGCGAAAAAAGAUUCGUCGGCAGAAUCGCAAAGAAGUGCAAAAAGAGCGGACGGAGAAGAUCCGUUUGGGGCUCGAAAAGCCGCCGGAGCCGAAAGUGAAAAUCGGCAAUUUGAUGAGGGUUCUGGGCAACGAGGCGAUUCAAGAUCCGACGAAAAUGGAGGCGCACGUGCGCAAACAGAUGGCCGAGCGCCUCAAAAAGCAUGAGACGUUGAAUGCCGAACGAAAAUUGUCGGAUGAUCAGCGAAAGGCGAAAAAGAUUCGAAAGAUAUCCGAAGAUACGUCUAUUGCGGUCCACGUGGCGGUUUAUAGAAUUAAAUCGUUAGCUCAUCCGUCGAAAAAGUUCAAAGUCGAGACGAAUGCGAAACAAUUGCUCAUGACGGGAGUGAUAAUGAUGCAUAAAGCGCAAAACGUUGUCGUUGUCGAAGGCGGACCGAAACAGCAGAAAUUCUACAAGAAUUUGAUGUUGAAUCGAAUCAAAUGGCAAGACGAGAUUAUUGGGCAGAAGAAGGAGGCUGAGAAGGAUGCGCCCGGUGAACGGAAUUUGUGUGAAUUGGUUUGGGAAGGUCAAGCAAAAAGGAGAAGCUUCCGCGAUUUUACCGUUCAUACGGCGACACUCGACAAGCAAGCGCGCGAAUUUUUCGAGAAGCACGGUGUCGCGCAGUAUUGGGAUUUGUGCUACAGUACGACGAUUUUACUGGAAGGCCAGGACGCGCUGCCGACCGCUUAA